UUUUUUUGCAGUCAUUACCUGAAAGUGCAUUGGGAGCAUGGGUUUCCUAUGCUACUUGCCAGAAUUAUUAUUCCUAUGUUGCCUCACAUGUAGUGUAAAGGCACCAGCAGCUCUUUUAGGAUCAGAAAACUCAGAGCCUGAAGUGGUAUCUGUAAGAGAUACAAGAGAGACAGUAGAAGAAAGACUUUUAACAGUGGACCGUAAUGACAAUGAAGUUACAACAAGUGAAAACUCCACCUCAGUUGUAGAAGCAUGCCCAGGUAUUGCAGUAAUUCAAGGACCUCCUGGUGUGCCUGGUAUCCCUGGCUCACAUGGAAUACCUGGCGUGCCAGGAAUUAAGGGAGAAGAUGGAGAAUGCGACUGCAUAGGAAAGGUGAUUCAAUUUAGCACAAAGCAAUGCUCAUGGAAUGACUACAAUUUUGCAAUGAGUUUAGGACCAAUUCAGUCCUGUACAUUUAAUAAGAUGCUCUCCUCUACUGCAUUAAAAGUUGAGUGGCACGGAUCAACUAGAAUCAAAUGCUUGGACCAGAAUCCAUGUUGUAAUAGAUGGUACUUCACAUUUGAUGGGAGUGAAUGUAGAGACCCACAACCAAUAGAAGGAUUGGUGUAUGUGGAUGAUGGUAAUGCAACACUUAACAUACAUCGACAUAUGAGUGUUGUUGGUUUAUGCACUGGAUUAAACCAAGGUCUUGUUGAUGUGGGGUUCGCCAUAGGUAAUUGUGAUGGUGGUUAUGUGAGAGGAUAUACAAGAACAGGUUGGAACUCAGCAUCCAGGAUUAUAAUACAGGAAAUACCUGUUAAUUGACUUGUAGGUUUGUCAGUUUGUAAAUUACAUCACUUUAGAAAUCUCAUUUUGCUUAAAAAACAUAUUGUAGCAUGUGUAGAUAUGUGCAGUUAAUUUUUUUACUCCUUUUAUCCAAAAAGCAAGGUAUACAGUAACAUAGUAUCGUACUUUGUACAUAGGUAUUUGAAGAAUAAAAUACAUGUAUUUAUCAUA